AUGGACCUGGACCGCCCCAGAGACCGCGACAGGGACAGGGACCGCAGCGAGCGGCGCAGGGACAAGGACGACGGCGACCGGAGGCGUGACGACCGCGACCGCGACCGCGACCGGCGGCGGCGGUCGCGCAGCCGCAGCCGCAGCCGCGACAGGCGCAGGCGCUCCAGGUCUCGGUCGCGCGACCGCCGCCGCUCCCGCUCUCCCGACUACGACCCCGAGGGCCAGCGGCGGCGCCCCACCUGGUUUGACAUCCCGCCCAUCGGCGGCGCGCCGCCGCCCCUCACGCAGCUGCCCGGCGCGGUGCAGGUGUUCUCGGCGCCGGGCGGCGGCGGCGGCGGCGGCGGCGGCGGCGCCUUUGGCGGCGGCGGCGGCAUGGCGGCCGCCAGCGCGGGCGCUGCCAUGAGCCAGCAGGCCACCCGCCACGCGCGCCGCAUCUACCCCAUGAGCGGCGCCGACGCCGCCGAGCGCAUCUUCAUCGGCGGCCUGCCCUACUACCUGACGGAGGAGCAGUGCCGCGAGCUGCUGGCCUCCUUUGGCGCCAUCAAGUCGUUCGACCUGGUGAAGGACAAGGAGACGGGGCAGUCCAAGGGCUACGGCUUCUGCGUGUACGAGGACCCUCGCGUCACCGACGUGGCCUGCCAGGGCCUCAACGGCAUGCGCAUGGGGGACCGCACGCUGACGGUGCGGCGCGCCACCGAGGGCCAGCGCCAGCAGGCGGAGCAGAAGCAGCAGGAUAUGUAUGUGGGCAACACGGCGCGUGUGGUCAAGCUGAGCCACGCAGUCACCCUGGAGGAGCUGGGCGACGACCAGGAGUAUGGGGACAUCAUGGAGGACAUGAAGGAGGAGUGCGGCAAGUAUGGCACCGUGGUGCAGGUGCACAUCCCGCGGCCAGCGCCGCCCAGCGCCCCGCCUCCGCCAGGACUUGGCAAAAUCAUCAUCGAGUUUGCGGAAACGCCGGCUGCCAUGGCGGCGCGCAACGCCAUGCACGGCCGCAAGUUUGGCGGUCGUGUUGUGGAGGCUGUGAUGAUGGGGGACAGCGACUACAGCCAGUUCAAGUGGGACUGA